AAGCCCACCAACCAAAAUGGGGUUCGACAACGACUACAACACCUACAACAACGUCAACAAGAACUACACCCUCAACGCAACGGAUGGCAGUGACUACUACUACCAGGGCUACGCGCACGACAACAGCAGCAGCGACGACUGGAGUAGCCACGACUUGGAUCACAACGGCACUUACCAUGACUACGGGACCCCGGUGGUGGUGACUCUCUCGUUCUUCCUGGUCUUGUCUAUGAUCCUCGCGCUCUUCGGCAACGUGAUGGUGAUAAUGACGAUAGUGAGGCACAGAGGGAUGCGGACGCGGACGAACAUGCUGCUGGGUAACCUGGCUGUGGCGGAUAUCCUGGUGGCCGUGUUUGAUAUGCCCAUUGCGCUCACCACCAUUAUCUACCACGACUGGAUGUUCUCCCAAACCUUCUGCGUCGUCAAUGGCUUCGCGGUCGGUCUUGGGCUCAUGCUGUCGGUCCAUACCUUGAUGUGGAUUAGCAUCCACAAGUUCCUCUCCAUCACGCGGCCCUUCGCCCGUAACGUGACGCAGUCCCAGAUCGUGGUGAUGAUGCUGGUGAUUUGGACGUGGACCAUUCUGUACAACCUGACUUCCACCCCGCUAAUCGGUAUGACGGAGACAGUGUACAAGAAGGGGUCCUCGCAGUGCGGCCCCGUCAUCCCCAAGCUACUCAUGCAGCGUAUACACUCUGGCCUCAACACUAUCUUCAACCUGGUGGUGCCCAUGUCCGUGAUGGUUUACUGCUACUACAAGAUAUUCAAGGAGGUGAAGACCCAUCUGGCGAGGAUGCGUGACUUCGCGGACGUGGGUGUGCGGAACAGCCUCAUCCAGCAGAAGCAGAUCACGGAGACACUCUGCAUCGUGCUCCUGCUCUUCUUCAUCUUCUGGGCGCCUUACAUCGUGUACUCCAUGUCCCUCGUCUUCUGCGGCGAGAAAUGCGUCCCCCUCAUCUUCAACCCCAUCAGUUACCUGUGCGGUUACAUGAACUCCGCGUGCAACCCCGUCAUCUACGCCCUUCGCUCGCAGUCCUUCAGGAGAAGCUUCAAGGAGAUCAUUUUCGGCACCCAUAGCCAUAUACCAGGAUCGUCUAUACGGAGUCACAGAGGCAUCCUAGAGUCCUUCAGGCGGUCCCACGUACGAAGGAGCGAGAGAGGCCAGCGGCUCAGGAGGAACGAGAACGGGGCCCAGCGACGCUCCAGAUCCGCGGCCCGCUACACGCCGCCCCUCACGCCGCUGCCCAUUCCCAAGGUGAGCGUCAGCACCUGCGACACGCCGGCGCCAUCCGAGGCCAACGGCGGCGUGCAGCAGGCGGAGGCAGGGGGGGCGGUGGAGGCGAGGGAAUCUGGGGGCCACCAAGUAACGAUCACCGAAAAAGUCCAGUUCCAAAUAGGAAGUCAGAACGAUCUUGACCGGCCGCCCUGCCCUUCGCCGACCAAACACACCAACUACGACUGCCCACCCUGGCAGCCCCUACAGCUACAGGUCACGGACGCUCACCUCAGCCGGAGUUGCCAGCAGAUAUUCAUUUGCACCAACACCAUGACCACCCGCUCCUCUUCUGCGGGUGCAAUACUUGACGUGAGCUGCCGGCACGACACCAUGACGACCACAUGCAGCAGCCACACAGAGCACACGGUGGAGCCUCCUAAACGACGCCACUUCAGCGAGGUCCACCGUCCCUUGAUGUGGCAGGCGAGCAUCGACCAUCUGAACCCCUCGGCGUCGGCGAUGGAGAGGAGGAGGAGGUGCGUGGCUGAGGGCAGGAGAGAAGGUCAGCAUCCCCAGCAGACGCACCUCGGGGUCAGGCGGCUGCUGUCCCAUUUGCGGAGGUCGUUCAGUGAUCUCUUCAGCAUCGACGACGACGUCUCGCAGCACUCCGAGACGUGAUGGACGGGACGUGUACGUGUCCUGAACGAUGGAGGGUGCACAGAGACGGAAGAUAAAUGACGCACUGAAAAGACGGUAAAAAGGGAAACGAAACUGGAAAUGAGUUUUUUUUUUCUUUUUUUACGUUCUGCCUUUGGCGUCGUUAGGCUUUCUUGGUGUGGCCAAAGUCACUUAUACCAAGUCAAGUCAUACGCAGCUUUGUGGGAGGAGACACGGCAGAAGCGUGGCUUAUGCGUGACGCUGCUUGGUGCCAAACCAGAGAAUGUAGAAACAGGAAUUUAGUCACCCCUGAACUGGCGGGUAUUUGGAUUCAAGUGACGUCAUCCCGCUGCUCCGCCCCAAACCACCCCUGCGCGUGCUGGUCGCAGUUUUGAAGGCAGAGUGACCUGACCUGAUAUAAGUGACUUUAGGUGGGGCAUGAUAGUCGCUUCCAGCCCGUCAUGGCGCAGGCAAGUGUUUAUAGUGACGCCAUUUUGUUUGGCUCAUGCUUCACCCCCCCGGAGAUCCUCCUUAAUCCUCUCUUUAAAGAGAGAAUCUAGAGUCCGGGUUGGUAGGUGGUCGUCAGGACAGCAUGUGGGUAGUCUCAGGCCACUCGGCGGUGACUGAAAAUUCCCAGCUUGUGGCGGCGGGCGGGACGCGAACCCGUAUCCUCCUGGACGCCACAACCGCACGUUUUGGAGGUCAUGAAGAAUUUGAAGUGACUGAAGAUUAAAAGACACAGUGAAAAGACGAUGGAAAAGGAAACGCAACAGUGGAAAUGAUAACGAGAUUGGGAAAAGGUCGAAGAUAUUGCGUCAUGAAGGAAAUGCAAAUGUUCAUCCACACUGCUGAACUGCUGACUGCUGAACCUUUAACUGAGACCAAUGCUUUCUCACAAUCUUUAUAAAAAAAAGCCUAUUUAGUGGAUUCUUGUACCCAGCUGAUUCUUAGACAGUUUGGUGGAGGGCGUGGUCUGGGGCUCAGCGUCCAUAACCAAACCCAGCUUGUUCUUUUAGCGGGUUUGAGUCUAGUGGAGCCGAUACUCAGUUACGAUCUUAGUGAAAAGCAUGUGGGUGGUCACUAGUUCUGUAAAUCUUUAGAGUCGCCUUUCCUUGUGAAUGUAUAUAAUGGUGGCAUUUAUCCAGGACUCUGUGACACUGCAAGCAUUUUGUAUAUAUCUGAGCUGGUUUUUAUAAGUAAGAAAGUGUCCGUCUUUGAUCAGGUCUACAGUUAGGCCGUUAUCUGCUCUGCCCCGAAUCAUUCCUCUCACAGCUUUCCUUACCUCACGCAGGGUCUCACUGGGGUUACGAGCUCAGCGAAUUAGUCUCCUCACCACCAUUUCUCUGAGUCUUUGAUCAGGUUUAUAGUUAGUCCAUCAUCUGCUUUGCUAUUACUCACAAAUUUCAAAGCUUUCCUUGCACUGGGGUUACGAGCUCAGCGAAUUAUUCUCAUCACCACCAUUUCUCUGAGUCUUUGAUCAGGUUUAUAGUUAGUCCAUCAUCUGCUUUGCCACUACUCAUAAUUUUCAAAGCUUUCCUGACUUCAGCCAUGGUCUCACUGGGGAGUUCCGAGCUCAGCGAAUCUCUCCUCACCAACAUCCUUCUGUAGAGCAGAGUAGAGUUUUCCUCAACCCUGACCACUUCUCCCAUAGUGUUAUUGACGUUGCUGUUUGUAUAUUAAAGAGCAAACAACUGGUGUCUGCCAAUGCAUAGUCUUUUCUUGGUUGUUUUCAUGUUUUUGCCAUUCUUUCUCUUCGAUCAUUCUUCAUUCAUCGUCAGCCAUCAUUCUUCGAUAUUGUCCAGGUUGAAUUUAUGGGUAUGUUGUCGAUAAGUUUUGUCAGUUCUGCCAACACUGUCUUAUUCCUUCUAGUUCAUAAUUUCAUGUGUUUUUGUGAGAUAUUUUGUUUCCUCUGUUAGUUUACUUUUGCUGUUCGUUGAUGCCUUCCUUUCCUUGCCUCUAGUUCUGCCUUCAUCUCAGUUUUAGUUAAUUUAUCAUUUGCUUCCUCAUCUCCUACAACCUCAUCAAACAGACUCAAGAAUUUGCUCAGAAUCAUUUUCAGCCUUCUCCCUGACUGCAAGGAUAUUAAGGUAUUUAUUCAGCUUUUCCCUCACUCUUCUUUACGUCGUACCAAUCGGUGGUCACGGGGUUUGAGCUUAUUUAGUACUGCUACGUCUGCCACUGUUUCCGGAAUUCCAGUAAGAAUCAUUUAAAUUUCAUUCUCCGUUUCUCCAUUAGGGCUUUUCAGGGUCCAUUUCCUGUUCACUCUUUUCUUGAAUAAUGAGUUUAUGCUUCAGUCUCUUUUUUUUCCGUCAAUUUCACAAGUUGGUCAUCACUCCCGCUUCUUAUUCCAACAGAGCCAAUCGCUGUUUCGGCAACUUUUUUGGUCCCUGCUUUGACGUUCAAGUAUACCAUGACGUUUGAGAACCGUGUUUUAUGUUCCUUCAUUGCUGCUUCCACAUCCUCAUAAACCUUUUCUACUCUAUCGUCAUUGUAGGUUGAUGUUGGUGCGUAAGCCUGAAGCAUUUCAAGUUUGUAUCGUUCUUGUUACUCAGGAAUCCAACCCCACGCUCCCUCCUCUCCGCAAGGCCUUUGUAGCACAGGAUGUAUCCGUCAGGCAGUGCUGUGAAUGACUUGCCCGCCCUCCUGCCCUCUCUCAGACCUAUGACGUCAUUCGUGUUUGCAGUAUAGCCGGAGAAGUAUUUCAGUUCUAGCAAAGCAACCAAGGAAAAGCAAAAAGGGUGCGGAAAUGAUGGGAAACAAAGACAGUUAAGAGAGCUGUGAAAAAGACGAUAAAGAAUGCAAAGGAACAGUGAAAGUCAGUGAUAAAGAUGGGAACUGAAAACAACAAAAUAGUGCAUAGACUCUAAAAAAAAACGUACAUAAAAACAGGACAAUUCAGAAGAAACUACAAAAAUGGUGACGACUAUGAAAUGUAAAUAUCGAAAUGUUAAAAAAAAUGUAAUGUAAAUGCCGAAAUGUCGUAAACCAGUGAAAUGCUACUCAACACACACACACACACACACACACACACACACACACACACACACACACACACACGCGAGAGGGGGAGGGGGGGGAGGUGGCGGUACGCGUGUGAGGGUUGGUUACAUUCGGUCACGGUUCGAACGUAAACACUGACGGACGGUAAAUGGCGCACUGAGGGAUUCCACAAGACUGGUGUUAGUGGUCCUUGAGUGUUAGUGUGGCGGUAUUGUGUGGUGGUGUGGUGGUGUGGUGAUUCUAGCUUUGGUGAGUGGUGAUGUGGCGCCAGCUUGGAGGAAAGGAGGCAAGGAAGGCAAGUAAAGUUAAGGGAAGUAGGGUAUAGAGAAGGGAAGUAGGGUAUAGAGAAGGGAGAGGGAGAGUGGGAAGGAAAGAGAAGGGAAGGGAAGAGCAACGGAUCAAGGGAUUUAUGAAGGAAAGGAAGAGGUAAAGUGAGAUAUGGAGAGGAGGAAGGCAAGUGAAGAGAAGGAUAGAGAGAAGAUGGACUGGAUCAACGGAGGGAAAUAUAAAGGAAGGGAGAGGAAGGGUGAAGUAUGGGAGAAAAGGUAAAUAAAGAGAAAGAUAGAGAAAGGGAACUACGGAGGGAAAUAUGAAUAGAGUAGGAAGGAAAGGGAAGAGAAGGAUAGAGAGAAGAUGGAAAGAAACAACGGAGGGAAAUAUAAAGGAAGGGAGAGGAAGAGUGAAGUAUGGAGAUGAGAAAAGGCAAAUAAAGAGAAAGAUAGAGUAAAGGACCUACGGAGGGAAAUAUGAAUAGAGUAGGAAGGAAAGGCAAGAGGAGGAGAGGGAAGUGUGGAGAGGAUGGAAAGAGGGAAGCAUUGUUCAUGUUCAGAUUGUUAGCAUGAGGAAGAUCAUAUUCUCUCUCUCUCUCUCUCUCUCUCUCUCUCUCUCUCUCUCUCUCUCUCUCUCUCUCUCUCUCUCUCAUCGUUUUCAAAGCCAAAGGUUAUCAUAUAUUUUUUUCGUGUGUGUGUGUGUGUGUGUGUGUGUGUGUGUGUGUGUCCGCGCAGAAAACAAGCACAAAUUACACUUACAAUAUAUAACAACUACAACUAUUUCCUACGUAUCUUCCCAUCCUCUGGCCCUCCCCUUCCCCCUCUC